AUGUCUGAGGGCUUCCUGAGGCUUUAUGCACCAGGCCUGUUCUACCUGAGGCCUGCUUGGCCAGCCCACGUGUUUUCUGGGGAAGAUCAGGCACCCCAGGACUCCCCCAGCGCCCCUUUGGCAGCCCCUGGGUCCCAUGACCCCUCCAUACCACCCCUCCGCCCCAUCCUGAAGAGGACAGCUGGUCUGGGCUUCUGUGUCGUCUACCUCUUCUUCAUCACCAGCCUCGUCUUCCCCGCCAUCUCCACCAACAUCGAGUCCCUCGACAAGGGCUCGGGCUCGCCGUGGACCACCAAGUUCUUCGUCCCCCUCACCACCUUCCUCCUGUUUAACUUUGCCGACCUGUGUGGCCGGCAGGUCACAGCCUGGAUUCAGGUGCCAGGGCCCAGGAGCAAGGUGCUCCCUGGGCUCGUGCUCCUCCGGACCUGUCUCCUCCCCCUCUUCAUGUUCUGCAACUAUCAGCCCCGCAGCCGCCUGCACACGGUGUUCUUCCGGUCUGACCUCUACCCGGUGCUCUUCACCUGCCUGCUGGGACUCAGCAACGGCUACCUCAGCACCCUGGCCCUCAUGUACGGGCCGAAGAUCGUGCCCCGCGAGCUGGCCGAGGCCACGGGGGUGGUGAUGUCCUUCUACCUGUGCUUGGGCCUGGUCCUGGGCUCGGCCUGCUCUGCCCUACUCGUGCACCUCAUCUAGAAGGGGGGUGAUGGCAAGAACCUCGGUGCCGUGCGACAGACACUUGCGAGCCCUGGUGAGAUGGGGAGCGAGUGCCGGGAGGGCUGGGGCAACGUGCAGAAGGGAGCUGCAGCUGGGCCGGGUGCAGAGCCGAGCACACCCGGGCCUCCCCUCUCCCCGGGGAGCAGGCAGCCGUGCCAAGCACACAUUCCACGUGCGAGAGCUCUCCUGAGACCUUUGAAGGAGACCAAAAGACAUCUGAAUGGGGCACAGUGACCACAGUUACUCAGGGGACAGUGGGCGUGCCUAUCACUUUUCUAGCUGCUGGUUACAUCCUACCUUGUUUUAUAGCCUCUUGAGACCUUCUUCACCAGUGUUGACUCCAAGCUGUUACAAGGCCAGUGCCAAAACCCAACCACAGGCCCUUUGCCUCUCCCGGUCUUGCUCCCUCCAGGGGACAGCGUGAUGUGACAGUUCCCAGCCCUCCCUCUCCAGGGGGUUCCCCUAGAAUGGAAAUCCCCUGGAGGGACACCUGGCGGCUCAGUCGGUUAAGCGUCGGACUCUCGAUUUCAGCUCAGGUCUUGAUCUCAGGGCCCUCUUGUGAGUUCAGGCCCCAAUUAGACUCCACACUGGGUGUGUGGAGCCUACUUAACCCCCGCCCCCCAAAAAAGGAAAUCCACUGGAAUGGCCAAUUGUCAGGCCCAAGACCCAAGGCUGUGUCAGACCCCUGCUUUCUGUUGUAAGAGAGUACCUGCCAACCAGACGGGGGACCCCAGAAAGACGGGCCUUCUAGGAAUCCUCCAUUCCCUAAACUUGGGCUCCAGAAGAUUCCCCUGUCCUAGAGACUGAGGGGGUCAGGCCUGGGUGUUCAGACAGGGAUCCUCGAAGUGGUCUAUGGCUUGUGCCAGGGUGGAAGUCUUUUCAUGUCCAUGUUUACAAUAUGUCAAGCACAUUGGUUCCAGGGCGUAAUGAAUACCUGGAUAUUUAAUGAGAGCCUGAUUGGUGGCUGGAUUAGUCAGGGUCUUGGCAGGAAAUGGCAUACUCCAAUUGGAUAAUAUGAGGAUAUUUGAAGACAGGGUGUAGGAAUCCUAUGGGGUUGUGCUUUAUAUUCCCAGAAAUAGUAAGGCCCUUCUACCCCUAACCAGGGCUAGGGGCAGGGGGCAUCUCCAGCCUGCUGUGACCCACAGGAGGUAGACCCCCUUCAUCCUUCCCUCCCUCCCAUCUCCUCGAAGCCCCUGUGGACUGAACCACAGCCAAGGAGCAGGCAGAGAGGUGGAGCCGAGACUUGGAGGGGCAGCAGGUGUCCCGAAAGGGGCCACCAGCCUCCCGGUCCCAUAUGCACAUUAGGAUAGCUCUGAAGCUUUGACCAGCAGUACCGGGUGGUGUUCUGUCCUGGUUUGUCCUGGAUUAGCUGUGUAUUUUGAAGCUGAUGUUGCAGCAGGCAACCCUCAGAUUGUGUGCUCCCCCCAACAAUGGUCUGACAUGA